AUGCGUUAUAAAGAAUUUGAAGAUGAUGAUCUACAUGUGAUCAAUGAAUUACCAGCAUUAAAAAGUUAUUCGGUAAAUGUUCCAUCAAAUGGCUCAAAUAGUACAAUAGAACCAUCCUCAACAAAUGUAAAUGAAUUACCAUUCGAGUUAUUACCAGGUGAAGAUGUCAUUCAUCAUUGUUCAUCGGCCGAUGGUCUGAUUUAUUUAACAUGUUAUCGUCUAUUUAUAUUUUCAAAUGACAGCUCAUUUAUUAAUUGUCCUACACGUUUAAUUGAUUAUAUUGAAAUUAAAGAUAACCUUUAUUUAUACGUUCAUUGUAAAGAUAUUCGAUAUUUUCGUUUAACAUUUUUUACCGGAGAGAAAUGUUCGUUAUGGUUUAAAAAAAUAUCUGAUUCAAUCUCGCCGCCAUUAACGAUUGAUGAUUUAUUCGCUGUCAAAUUUGCCCAAGCCACACCCAUACCUGAGGGAGAACGACAAACACAACAUAAUCGAGAUCGAUUUCAGGAAGAAAUAUCAAGAUUACAAUUAGACUCACAUCCAUGGCGUUCAACAAGCAUAAAUAAAAAAUAUAAAUUAUGUUCAAGUUAUCCUGAAUAUUGUAUAGUUCCAGCAUCAAUUACAGAUGAAGAAUUAAAUGAAGUGGCUAAAUUUAGAUCAUAUAGAAGAUUUCCAACUGUUGUAUGGAGACAUCAAAAUGGAGCUGUUAUUGCUCGAACUAGUCAGCCUGAAGUUGGAUGGUUAUUUUGGCGUUCCAAAGAAGAUGAAAAAAUGAUCGCAGCCAUUAUUGAAUCUUGUGGUACAGAUCCUAAUCCAAUUGCAAAUCGUGCCAAAGGUGGAGGCUUUGAGUAUCCACCCUAUUAUACGGAUUGCGAAGUACAGUUUAUGAAUUUGCCCAAUAUACAUGCCAUUCGGAAAAGUGCACAAACGUUAAGAGCUUCAAUAGCCAGUGGACCUGGAGAAUGUUGGUUAUCACAACUGGAGUCUUCACGAUGGCUUCACAAUAUAUCAUUAUUAUUAGCUGCAGCUAGUUUUGUGGCAACAGCAAUCGAUAAACAAUCACGUCCAGUGCUAGUCCAUUGUUCAGACGGUUGGGAUCGUACACCACAAAUUACAGCUCUUGCUCAAAUUAUGUUGGAUCCACACUAUCGAACAAUUGAAGGUUUUCAAACUCUAAUUCAACGUGAAUGGAUUGCAUUCGGACACAAGUUUGCUGAUCGUUGUGGUCAUGGAGUCGGAGCAACUGAUCCAAAUGAACGUAGUCCAGUAUUUCUCCAAUGGUUGGAUUGUGUUUACCAGUUGCAGGUACAAAAUCCAGUAUCAUUCGAGUUCAAUGAAAUGUUCUUGCUUAAAUUAGCCAGUCAUACUUACACAUGUUUACAUGGCACAUUUUUAUGUAAUACAGAUUUUGAACGUUUCACAGUUAAUUUGGAAAAGAAGACACAUAGUGUAUGGAGUCUAUUAAAUAUGAAAUUAACACACUUAAUAAAUCAUUUAUUCGAUGACACUAAGAAAGAAGCUUUAUAUCCAUCAUACUCUGUACGCGAUUUGAAAAUAUGGACUAAUUUAUAUUUACGUGAUACACGUUUUACACCAUCCAUUCCAUGUGAAUUGCCAUCGUCUACUUCGUCAUUAGUACCUCGUUGUCGUUCCUAUGAAGAUUUAUCAUCUUCAGUAUUAAACGGACUGCAUCGUUCCUCGUCGGAUCCAUCACUGGGUGGUAGUAUGGAAUCAUCUAUCACACUACGUACGGGUACAACUCCACCCAUCACUAUUAGUAAUCAUAAUGUCGGUAUGACUUUACAACAUCAAAAUAGUGGUCACCUAUUAAAUUCAAAUUCAUCGUUAUCAAAUAGUUUAUUCGGUCCGCCUCAUCAUCUUGGCGAAACUCCAUCACAAAAUGGUGGAAGUAAUUCAAGUUUAUUACCAGCAUUAAGCAGUAUAGCUACACCAAGUAUAGCGACGGCAACAAAUUCAUUAAUCAACGGACAUCGCAGGGGUGGAGAUUAUCAUCAUCAUCAUCAUCUAAAUAAUAGUGCAACGAUAUAUGAUUCAGUUGUAGAUUCAGCACCGAACAUCCCACAAUUAUCAUUAUCGCAAAAAUUUUCAUCAAAUACCAAUACAGUAUUAAAACCAAUGUCAGCAAGAAAACAUACAAAUUCCACAUCAAGUACAACGUCCAGUUUAUCAGAAGCAUGGUCUUUACCAAAAAUAUCGUCAUUAGAUAAUAAUAACACCCCACACAAAAUGUUGCAGCAUUUAUCGUCUUCUUCCUCGUAUGGUGACAAGUCAGUAAAAUCUGUCAGAAAACGUAUUGAUAUCGAUGGUUUAACAAAAAUAAAUGAUGUCGCAACAUUAAGAAUGUUGCAAAAAGAACGAACAUACGUGAAUAAAAUCGAAGAGCUACAUGAUCAUGUUAGAAAACUGGAACGUGUUCUAACAACUAUUAUUAAAUAUAAUAUACCAGCUCAGAAUGUUUCACCAAGAAUGGAUAAUAUAUCUCAAAGUCCCUUUAGCACAACCGAUUCGUCCUCUUGUGCAAGUUGGCAGAAAAUAGAUACAUCUGACACGAUAAGAGAUGUUACUCGAUGGAUACCGGACUUUUCCGUCGAAGGUUGUCAAGGUUGUAGUAUAAAAUUUUUUUGGCCAGUGGUACGGAAACAUCAUUGCAGACGAUGCGGAGACGUAUUCUGUCAUAGUUGUGCAAAACAUUAUAAACCGAUUCCAACAUUGAAUUUGUUAAAUCCCGUACGUGUUUGUGAUAAGUGUUAUUUAUUGAUCGAAGAUAUUAACUCAGAUUUAACAUCACCUUUGGCGUGCAGUCCAGUAAUGAUGCAUAAUGCAUUAUCAUCAUCGCCAAAACAAAAAGAAUCAACAAUUAAUUUAUUAGCAGCAGCUGCUAAUACAACGGUACCAGUACCAAUUCAAACGCAAGCAAACGAUUGUAGACAACAACAACAAACAACGACAUCAAACACGUUUAAUUCAACAAGUCAAAAAGUGAAAGGAUAA